GUAUAGAUUUGGUUUAUUAUGAUAUGGACAUCUAUUACAUGGACAUAUGCUAGCUUGGUUUAUGACUCGCGUGGAAUACUGCUUCUGUCCUUGCUGGUCCCCGUGCCGAGCCCCGUUUAUAUUGCUUUGUUGAUGUGCCACAAGGAUCAGGGGCAGGCUCUAGAUGCCAAGCUGCAUGGCUUACGGCAGGUGGUCCGAGUGUGUUACUGAUGUAAGAUUAUAAGAGACAAAGAACGGUGGAUGUGGCUGAACGGCACACGGAUCAAUAAGGGGGAUCUGCGACCGUUGAAGUCGAUCAGCCGGUGGCAUCAAUGGGCCACCAUUUGUCCGGACUUGAGUUCAUAUCACCGAGGGCGUUCAGGGGAGCCUGUCGAUUAACGGGGUGCCUAAUGGCUGAGACGUGAGAGUGUACUAAUCCGUGUCGGAUUUCCGAGUGGCUAUAUUCAGUCUUCUGUGUUUGAUAGGCGUCUGCCUGGAUCUGUAAGGCUAGUUGAGCUCAGCGUUAGAUAUCGUGUAGUUCGAGAAGGCUUUCGCCUGCUCAUUCUGGGAUGAAACUCACUAAAGCGAAAGUCUGACUUUGGAAGGGUGCUGAAAGGGUCAAACACCAUGGCAGCUGAAGAAGAUGGUUGUCACCUGAUCCGCCAGUAUUCAC